UCAAUGGAGAGAUUAUUACUGACACUCUCUACCAAAACUUGAGCUUCUUCCUUUUUCUUUAAUGGUUGCUCUCAUCAUCACUCCCUGAAUCCGAUCGCUCCGUGUUUGUUCCUUCCGGCGAUUAGAUCCUUCCCUCUCGUCGUCGAGAACACUGUCAGGUUUUGUUUCUUGCUCCGUUACAAUUUCUCUAUUUGCUUAUUUCUUCUGAUCAUAUCUCUCAUACGAAGGAUUAAUUUGAUUCUCUGGGUCCACGAUUUUACUGGUGACUAUAUGAAAGUGAAUGGAUCAAUUCUAUUAGAACGCUGAAUUCCAAAAAUCAAUUGCUGUUGAAAUCGAAUAUUUUCCCAAUUUUUAAUUCCUUGUUCUCUCUUUCUCUGGGUUUCUCUUUUGCUUAUGUUUAGGUUAAUAACUAACUUGUAUUGUCGUCUAAUUGUUUCUUUAUGCCUUCUUUUGUUUGGAGGAUAUGUCAUACACAACUUACACACUAGUACAACCACCUUGCAUGCAGAAGGAACCAGAAAAAAUCUUUAGUUAGGAUGACUCUAAGUGGAGAUAGCUCUGAAACUGUAGAGAUGGGUUCGACUGAUAUGGUUUUCGAGCCGAUUUUGGAGCAGGGAGUUUUCCGGUUUGACUGUUCUGUUGAGCAUAGGAAAGCUGCAUCUCCUAGUGUUUCGUUUAAAAACAGUAAAGACAGGGAAGUGCCUAUUGUAUCUCAAAAUGUUCCAGCAUGUAUUCCUACUUGUGCUUGUCUUCAGGACCAACAAGUUGUCACUUUUGAGUUUUCUCCUGGUACGUCGUUUUAUGGAACGGGAGAAGUUAGUGGUCAGUUGGAGAGAACAGGGAAACGGGUUUUCACUUGGAACACUGAUGCAUGGGGAUAUGGCCCUGGAACCACUUCGUUAUACCAGUCACAUCCUUGGGUACUAGUUGUCCUUCCAACCGGAGAAACACUUGGAGUUCUUGCUGAUACAACACGAAAGUGUGAGAUUGAUCUAAGGAAAGAGGGAAGUAUAAGAAUUAUUGCCCCAACAUCUUAUCCGAUAAUCACAUUUGGCCCAUUCUCCUCCCCCACUGCUGUUUUGGAGUCCCUGUCACACGCCAUUGGAACUGUUUUUAUGCCUCCAGAGUGGACCUUAGGCUACCACCAAUGCCGUUGGAGUUAUAUGUCUGCCAAGCGAGUAGCCGAGAUUGCUCAAAUGUUUCGUGACAAGAAAAUUCCUUCUGACGUGAUAUGGAUGGACAUUGAUUACAUGGAUGGUUUUCGUUGUUUCACAUUCGACAAGGAGCGUUUCCCAGAUCCUAGUGCUCUGGCGAAAGAUCUUCAUAAUAAUGGUUUCAAAGCAAUCUGGAUGCUUGACCCUGGAGUCAAACAGGAGGAAGGUUAUUAUGUGUACGAUAGUGGGAGUAAAAAUGAUGUUUGGAUUAGCCGAGCAGAUGGGAAGCCAUUUAUUGGUGAAGUUUGGCCUGGGCCUUGCGCUUUUCCUGACUAUACAAAUUCAAAAACUCGCACUUGGUGGGCUAAUUUGGUUAAGGACUUCGUUUCAAAUGGUGUUGAUGGUAUAUGGAAUGAUAUGAAUGAGCCUGCAGUUUUCAAAGUUGUGACAAAGACGAUGCCUGAGAACAAUAUUCACCGUGGAGAUGAUGAGCUUGGAGGUGUUCAAAACCACUCACAUUACCACAACGUCUAUGGGAUGUUGAUGGCAAGAUCAACUUAUGAAGGGAUGGAGCUCGCUGAUAAGAAGAAGCGACCGUUUGUAUUGACAAGGGCUGGAUUCAUAGGUAGCCAAAGAUAUGCUGCAACUUGGACAGGAGAUAAUCUUUCAAACUGGGAGCAUUAACAUAUGUCUAUCUCGAUGGUACUUCAGCUGGGGCUUAGUGGUCAGCCCUUAUCUGGGCCAGAUAUCGGUGGCUUUGCUGGCAAUGCGACUCCGCGGCUAUUUGGACGCUGGAUGGGUGUUGGAGCUAUGUUUCCAUUCUGUCGUGGCCAUUCUGAGGCUGGCACUGAUGACCAUGAACCGUGGUCCUUCGGAGAAGAGUCUUUUAUUUAGUGCGAGGAAGUCUGCCGUGCCGCAUUGAAGAGGCGCUACCAACUCCUACCACAUUUUUACACCCUAUUUUACAUCGCCC